UUUUAAACCUUAAGUAUUCUAUAUCUAUGAUUCAUUUGAGCGAUGCAAAUACUGCAUAUUCGUCAAGUGGUUACGCAGAAAUGCUCUUUUAAAUUAAGGAGAUUGAUAUUCACAUGGACGGUUUUUGUCGUUGUUAAGUACACUGCAUUUUGAAAUAUUAAACGGAAAUGAUAAUUUAUUAGAGAUUGUUUAUUGAUUUGAAUAAUUGAUGGGCUAGCUUCAGUUUUAAAAUGGCGGUACUUAAUCGUAUCACGUUUUUAACGAUAUGUGGAUUUUGUAUGUUCGGAAGCCUACAGUGUGAAUCUUCUAAGUUUAACGGCAUAGAACGUGAAUGGAAUGGCUGCACACGGCAAGGUUUAGAACUCAAUUGUACUGGAUUACCAAGUGACAUUCCAAAUGGAGUAACGACAGUUCAUCUUAAAAAUAUUUACGUUCCAAAUAGAGUUCUAACACGUGGGGCGUUUUUGUCUACAAACUGGGAACAUGUUACAAAACUUGUAAUAACUGCGGACAGUAGUUGGACUGCUAAAAAUGACACCGUGGAUGUAUUUGAUUCUCUAUGCUUCAACGGUUUAAAAAGACUUGAGAUAUUACAUAUAAGUAUAUCAACCACUUUUGAAUUCAGGAAUGAAACAUUAAUAGGAAUUCCCAAUUUAAAAUUGUUGGAUCUAUCAGGGUGCCGGAGAUUCGAUAUAGACUUUCUCAUCAGUGCGUUGAAUAACACAAAAGCAGUUCCCAACCUAAGGUCACUAAAUCUGUCCCUCUUAAAUACCUACCAUACCGGAAUCAGACUCGAAAACAAUUUCUUUGAACUAAUUUCAGCAAAAGGAAUAAAGGAGUUGGAUCUAAGUUCCAUCCAAGUGCUCUUCAUGAAUUUGACAUCGUUAGUAGAAAACUGUAAUACGUUAGAAUUUAUAAAUAUAUCGCGGAUGAUGUUAAAUGAUUAUGAUAUUGACCAUCGUCAAAGUUUCUGUCCAAAUUUGAAAAGACUGGAUGCCAGCUAUAUAACGUUACCUUCAACAGUGAUUCCUGAUCGUGGUCCUCAGACGCUUGUUGUCGCAAACAAAUCUGUUCCCCUUUUCUUUAAUCUAAUACCGUAUUUUAGAAGUGUCGAAUACUUCAAUUUGGCAGGAUUUAUGGUAAAACAGACGCGGUACAUAUUAAAAAACGUGACAUUCUAUGUUGUUGGAAUAAGUAAGUUCAAUUUGAAAACAUUAGUGCUGCGAGACAAUAAUUUUGAAAGACUUGAUUUAAGGGUAAUCGCUAAGAAGUCCAAAUUAGAGUCAAUAGAUUUAUCGCAAUGCAAUAUUCGAUUUAUUAACCCCAUGAUGUUUUCAAAUCUUUCUUUACUGAAACUCAUAGAUCUAUCACAUAACAACCUAAAUGACAUGGUAGCAGAAAAUUCAAGUUUAUUUGAAAGACUGUACAAAAAUCUGAAACAUCUAACGGAAGUGAAUCUGUCGAAUAACCGCCUAACAAUAAUACCGUACAAUAUGUUCGAAUCUAAUCGAAAAUUAGAAACUAUACACUUAUCGGACAAUUUGUUGACUCAGAUUUCGUUUGACGUAGUUAACUUAAAGAAUCUCAAAACUAUUAAUUUAGAAAGGAACCAGAUAAAAGUCUUCGAUGCUGCAUCCUUGGUGCGGCUGAAUGUCAUAAAAGAUUUAUAUAACAGCAAGUAUUCAAAUGGGUCUGAAGCGAAAACUUUAUUCAAGCUAACGGGCAACCCGAUAAGUUGUACCAACUGUGAUUCCCUUGCUAGCAUAACUUGGAUUUUUCAUUCCAAAUCAUCUAUAGAAAAUUCUUCUCUUCUCAAGUGUCGGAAUGAGCACGAGCAACUAGUUGGCAUCGAUCAAUCUGCUAUAGAUAAUGUCCAGAAAAUAUGUAACCGUCCAAAGGUCAUAAUAAUCUCAUGUGCCACUGUCGCGACUGUAUUAGUUGCAGCUAUAGUUUCGUUCAUUGCAAUACGGCAACGUCGACGUCGUAAAGCACAUGAAUUAGAAAUGGCAGACCGCGUGGCACUUAUUAGGGAAGGGACAGAAUGUUACGAGUUUGUGGUAUUUCUGUCGUACAGCAGUCAAGAUGAAGACUUCGUUCAGAAGUAUGUGUACCAGUCCCUCAACGAGCAUCUUCAGAAAGUGAUCGGAGAUGAUCGCGACCUAGUUUGCGAAGGGGACAGGAAUUUUCAACUCGGACGCCCGAUUCAUGAUCAGAUUUCUGCACUUUUGAAGAAAUCAUCAGUGGUGAUGGUAGUUUUAACUGACAAUUACAGCCAGAGUAUUCAUUGUAGGAAUGAGUUUGAUCAGGCGUUUAUGUUAGAGAAACCAAUCGUGCUAAUGGUCAAAGAUCAAGUUGAAACCGCCCUUAUGACUCCUUUGAUACGAGAUUUGUAUGAGAAAAAGACAAGAGUACUAUGGUUGUGGGAAGACGGGCAGUAUAAACUGAAAACAACCUGGGAAAAUGUGUGUACUUCGAUUAUUGAACUUGUUGAUUGUAAAUAAUAAAUCAAACGUUAAAUUCAAACGACAUGAAGACUAUACGAAACGGAGCAGGAGAUUCGGAGAACUCCAUUGUUGGUUACAUUGUUAGAGAAAACUUUACCAUCCAUCAAACCGGGAAAUCAUUACGUAGAGUUAAUAUUAUGAUUUGCCGACUUUUAACAACUUACGAUUAUCCUGACAUUGUCGAUAUUUUGAGUUUUAUUUAAGUGGUUUUCCUGAAAGAAUCAGAGUCAUUACGGUGUUGGGAUUUCUUUUCUCUCUUCAGUUGCGCGAAUUGCGAGUACAUAUGUAAUUCUCACUUAGAAAUAAGAAUCAAAUGUUAAACAUUUUGUGGAAGAAUUUCUGUUUGUAAUAAUAUGUAUGACACAGGAGUUUCUUUUUUUAAAAAAGCUAGUCAAUUAUUAUUUAAAUUGGCGUGUUGUGAUGUGCCUUAUAUUGCACUAAUAUUAUUAUACGUGAGUGCAAUACCGAAUUCUGUUUGACCAGUACACAGCUAUCAAACCUAUAUUGGAUAAGGCGACAAGCAAAAUGAAAACGAGGAUAAAUUAAUUAAAUUGGAUCUGAUAACCAUAAUUAUAUUGAGCGAUCACAUGGUGCAAACGCUUGAAAUUCAUUUUACUACAUUUUAGUAUGGAAAGCCAUGGCUGUCUUAUAUUGUUCUGUUUCAAUUGAUUUAACCAUUUUGGAUAAUAUAUAACUUCACUUCGACUAUAUAUGAAUUGAAAACACCUUCUUAUUAAAUCGUAAUACAUUAUAUUAAUCCACAGUUACAAUAUAUGAAACCAUACCGUCAGCAUCACAGUUUUGGCCGUAUCUCGGUCGUCGAUCCACUUAACAUUUUUUUAGCUAACCAGUAAUUACCAAUUUCUCCUCAGCAAGUGACUGACAAAUAAUCGCCCGUGAUGGUAAGAGACAAGUGACCAAUUAGAUUCUAUGUCCUAGAUUAAAUCCUCUAUUAAAGCUAACUGAAAAGCUUACACACAUGAACAAAUCAUUAGGAUUCGUCAGGAUUUGAACUCAAAGCUUGUGAGGAUAAAGUGGUUUGAAGUCGGUGACUUUAACUACCCGGACAUGGAGGCUUAUUCAAAUCAGCCAGUAUCUAAUAAAUCUUAAGAGCACAUUGCGAUUCGGCAUUGAUUUUACGACAAAAGUUUGAAUAAAACUUCUGAGGAUUAAAAAAUAAUCUGCUGGUAUUGCAAUCAUAUGAACUUGAAUUCGGAACUGUAUAUUGUUAAAUACAUGGGAAUUAUAAAUUUAUAUAUUGUUAAUUACAUGGUAAUUAUACAUCGGAACAUUUCUGGCAAGUUUUAGGCAACUGGAGUAAGACAAAAUAAUUUAAACCAUUCAAGUAUUUUUCUUCAGAUUUUAAUAUUUUUAAUUGUUACAUCCUUUUAAUGAGCAGUAAAAUAUAAAUCCAAUACAUUCUGAAAACAAUGGUAUAAAUAUUUAUAUUUAUAAACAUGAAUCUGAUUGGCUCUUUCAUGAACAAUGUUGAUUUGUUUUCAAUCUGAUUGGCUCUUGCACACAUUAUUGUUUUUUUAAAUUCUGAUUGGCUGUUUCAAACAUAAUGCUGAUUGGAUGAUUGAAGUCAUGCUUCAAUCUAUAAAUUUGUUGAAAAAGAGAGAAACGUGCUUUAAUAUAAAUUUGUCAGAGAAACAUUUUGAGAAUAUUUCAUAUUUUGGUUAACUUUUUUACAAAAAAUAAAAAUCCAGCAAAAUUCGAUAAAACUAGAGGAUUUUAAAGGUUAAUUCAUAGAAUAUGCUCAAAACUGAAUACUUUUCAUCAAUUUUCUAUAAAAAAUAAAAAUCAGUUUAUAAAACGGUGGCUAAGUAACAAGUGAAUUUUUAGCAGAUUUAAAGGUAUUAACAGCCUUUUCACCGUGAAUAUCGAGUAACACAAGAAUGUGGAAAUUAAGCGCGAACUUUUCAUUAGUAACACAUAAUUAUGCAAAUAUAUGGCCGAAACGAGCAAUACGGAAAGUAAAUGAACCUAUAUAUUUCGUAAGUCAAAUUGAAAGAAAUUAAUUUGCUGCUAACAUAUAAGAAGUAUAUUCAUUCAUAAAUGAAUAUUUCGUGAAUAAUUGCGAAAUAGUUUAAAAUAUUAUUGGAUACCACAUGAACAAAAUAAGGAUUAGUAUCAAGAAUUAAUGAAUAAUUCAUGUAUUUUCAAACAUAAAUGAAUAAUUCAUGAACAAAUGA